AGCAGCAGCUGCCCAAAAGGGGAACUCGCAGAUGUCAUCUCUAUGAGGCCAUGCUCUCCUCACAACUUGACAACAUUUUCAUCUUAUACCAUCAUCUGGCCUUUCUCUCUCUCUCUGGCGACAUUUCUUCUUAUAGCAGCGACGAGGAGUGACUGGAUCACCUUGACAGUGGUCACUCCCAAACCUCGCUUGACUUUAUCUACUUGCCCACGAGGACAUUCGCCCAUCCAACCCCUUGGCUUUCCACCACCGGAACAUCACGGAGGAAAGCUCUCUCUGUCCUAUUUGGGACCGACCGUAUAAACCUUUACAUCACCUUCCUUUCGGAGUAUGUGUACACGUCAUAGAGCAUAGCUACUUUCUCUUGGCCCUCGUGAAUAGCCCCAAACAUGACAGUAAAUCAAGAUAUGGCCACACUCAACCCUUCUUCACCCGAGACAUCCAAAUAUCCAUUCACAGGUCGACCUGCCACACCUCUCGCUUCGGGUAUGACCUCAGGGCGAAUCAUUGCAGAACUCAGAGAAACGCUUGGAACGACUACAACUCAGUCUGGACCUCAAGUCUGGGGCAGAGAGGAUGAUCAAUUCAAACGGGGCAUCGUGAUUUUCAAUGGAGCAGUCAAGAGUCCAGCGGUUGCAUUAGUCCAGCCGCUCAACGCGGAGGAUGUCAGCCAAGUCAUCAAGUACUGUCGACAGAAUGGCCUGGAGAUCAGUGUCAAAGCCGGUGGAACGGGUGUUCACGGAUGGAGUGUUGCCGGGCACGUCAUCAUCGACUUGGAAAAGAUGAACGAGAUUACCGUUCACAAACCUGGCGAUACCAUACCCCUCGAAGAGUCCUUCUCAAAGCUUCGACUUGACGCUUCUCACGGAGACAAUGUCACCCCCAAUGUCCCCAAACGACCCUCGUUAUCCACCACCAACCCCUCUAAUCCACUGCCCUCGCCCGAAGCGUCAGGUCUUAAGCGAGGAUCCCAAGAUGAGGGACAAGAAGGUCACGAUAGCAAACGACGAAUGGACACCAUAGAUCGUGCGAAUCGCAGUCUCAGUGAUCCGACACAGGAAGCCCAGGCUCCUUGUUCAUCUGCUUCGCCGUCUGGAUCUGGGUCUGGAAGCAAUUCGAGCAGACCUAGCGCGAGUCGCAGUGGAAGUCACCCGACGCCAGCCACAUCACUUGAUUCGGAUCACAGAUCUGGAGAGGGCAAGGACCCUUCUCCUUCAGUCAUCUCGCCUUCGACAUCAUCUUCAAGAUCCAACUCACAUAAUGGGACAACCGGCGCCAGGGUCACCUAUGUGAAUCCAUCUCCAACCACAGCCACUUCUCAUCCAUUUGUCACUCCACCAUUUGGUCCCGAGACACCGUCCUCAUCCACGUUCUCAACGACAUCUCCAUCAUUGGGUCUGAACACGAAUCCAAAUCCGCCAGAAUACACCAUUGUGACGUUUGGAGCAGGUAUCAACUCGAAACAGCUCGACAUGACCACAGCAAGAACGCCUUACGGUGCCUUCCAUGUCCCGACAUCCGCUUUCCCCGUCGGUUCAGGACAGUUCAUGCUCGGCGGAUUCGGUUUCAUGGGUCGGCAGUACGGUCUCGCGAUGGACAAUGUGGUCGAGGCGGAGAUUGUGUUGGCAGACGGCCGGAUUGUCUGGGUUGGAGAAGGAGGCAAGCAUGCAGGGCAAUGGAAGAAGGACGAGGACCCGAAUGACCUAUGGUGGGCUCUACGUGGCGCAGGAUCCAUUAUGGGAAUCAUCACGCGUUUCCGAGCCAAAGCGCAUUAUUUGCCAAGUGUGUACGCGGGGAAUCUCAUCUAUGUUUUCGACCGACAGACGACACCAUCCCUUCUUCGGCAUGUCCGAGACGUCCUGAAAGGAUCACCUAAGUCUCAGUACACCAAUAUCAUCAUGACUGCUGGUCCACCUGGAGCUCCUGCAAUCGUCGUCUUCCAGCUAUGUUGCUCAGGGACCAAAGCGGAAGGAGAAGCCUACUUGCAAGCCAUCAGCUCUUGGGAGGGUGGAAGAUGUUUGUUCCAGGAUUUCUCGGAGAGGACUUUUGAGAGGCAACAGCUCGCCGUGGAGGAGAUCCUGAAGGGCGGAAAGGGGAAGAAGUGGUACAUCAAGAGCGACAUGUUGAUGGGACUCGACGACGAGGUCAUUGACAACACAUGCGCACGAUUCAGUCUGGUCCCAGAUGGUUGCACCUGGUUAUUCGAAUACACUGGCGGGAGCGUCUCUUCAGGCAUUAAGGACUCCUGUUACCCUCAAUCUCAUCGACAAGGGGCCUUUACAGUCGCCGCACUCCAUCAAUGGGCUCAUACUGAGCCUUUGAAAGAGGACAAUAAAUGCGUAACCACUGCUGAAGAGUGGAUCAAUGAGGUUAUCCAUCCACAUUCACCUGGCGGACCACUGCCAUGUUUCCUGCAAUCUUCUAAAGAAGCCGAUGUCGCUGGGGUCUUUGGAGAAAAUUAUCCUCGACUGGGACGUGUCAAGGCCAUGUUCGAUCCUUCCAACUUUUUCAAACAUUCUUUCUGGCCCAGACCAGGUUCACCAGGUGACGAAAGGCAACUGGGCAAAGACACGGCGGAAGGUGUUCAAGCGAGAGAAUUAAUGAAUGGCGCUUUGGAAGAAUUACCACCGGAAGACACGACGAUUGGGAAAGGAAAAGGAAAAGAAAGGUUGGAAUCUGGUCAAGACAUGUACGAUAGGAUACCCGCUUUGAAGGCUGUUGCAACUGUCAAUGGAGCUUCAAAUGGCGUCUCGAAUGGCAGCGCAGCGACAGAGGACAGUACCAUGGAAGGGGUAGAAACUGCAGGAAAUCGAGUAAAGAAUGGCGUCGACGGGACACUGCCGAGAGAGGGAUGAGCGUGUGCAGUAUGCCUCUCAGCAGACUUUUGAGUCCCACCUCCCGCCCUCCUCAUAGUUCAUCUUCAUCGUCCUGGCAUAUGUCCCGUCCUCGGUCUUGUGUCUACCCUUACACUUAUCUUAAUGCAUUUUCGGUCACACUC